AUGGGCUAUCUGUCCUGUCUCGCUAGUGCUGAUACUCUGCUGCGCGUGUGGCUGGAAUCUCUGUCUGAUUGUGGUUUUCAUUCGGAGGUCCUCCUCACUGCCGCCACAAGUGUAGAAACUGAUCCCCAAAAGGCAAGUGUGUUUGCGUUUACAGUGCAGUCCGUGUCAGUGCUGGAGGAAGAUUCAUUCACUCUAGGUUUUACUGAUAUGAUGGAUGAUGAUCUGAUUCAGUGGAGCUUUGGAUAUAAAAAGACUUUAAUAUCUGAAAUCAGUAUAAUGGGCGACAGCAUACCUGAAUAUGAUGAUGUUUUAACUGAGAAAUUCAUAGACAGACUGAUGCUGAGUCAUAAGGCUGGUGAUGUUUUUCCUGCGGAUUUCAUAGAAAGAAUGGUUUUUGAACCUGGAUAUUUGUUCAUGAUAAACGCAAGGGUUUUCACUCUCAUUGUCUAUGAUUCUACAGAUGUGUUUGCUGAUACAGAUGCAGUGAAGUCAGUGUCAGUGCUGGAGGGAGAUUCAGUCACUCUACACUCUGGUCUUACUGAAAUGAUGGACAAUGAUCUUAUUCUGUGGAGGUUUGGAUAUAAUAAGACUUUAAUAGCUCAAAUCGAUGUAAUGGAUGGCAGCAUCACUGUAUAUGAUGAUGUUCUUGAUGAGAGAUUCAGAGACAGACUGAAGGUGGAUCAUCAAACUGGAUCUCUGAUCAUCACAAACACCAGAACUGAACACACUGGACUCUAUCAACUACAGACCAACACUGUGAAGAACUUCACUCUCACUGUCUAUGGUCGCCUGCCUGUUCCUGUCAUCAGCAGUAACUCUUCACAGUGUUCAUCAUCAUCAUCAUCAUCAUCAUCAUCAUCAUCAUCAUCAUCACAGCAAAAUUGUUCAUUGUUGUGUUCAGUGGUGAAUGUGAGUCAUGUGACUCUCUCCUGGUACAAAGGAAACAGUUUAUUGUCCAGCAUCAGUGUGUCUGAUCUCAGCAUCAGUCUCUCUCUACCUCUGGAGGUGGAAUAUCAGGAUAAAAACAGAUACAGCUGUGUGAUCAACAAUCCCAUCAGCAACCAGACCACACAUCUGGACAUCACUCAACUCUGUCACACAUGUUCAGGCUCUCUGUCUCUGAUAGUGCUGAUCUCUGUUGCUGCUGUGGCUGGAUCUCUGUUGAUUGUGGUUGCAUUCGGGAUGUUUCUCACAUGCUGGAAGUGUAGAAAAACUGAUCAAAAAGUUCAGACUCCUGAAGAGAUCAUUUACAUUGAGCCAACAUUCAAGAACAGAAAAUUGCAUAAAACAGUAAGAUUUAUUCCAAAGAAUGUUAAAGAGGAGGCUGAAGUAGAGUAUGCACUGAUCACCAUGAGAAGAUAAAAUAUACCAGACCUGCAAAAUCCUGCUACAACCAUUACAACUCCUGCUGACAACAAGUUCUUCAAACUUGUAGUUGAGUUUUGGGAUUGUUGACAAUCACUACACAUGCAGUAGCUUCCUAAAGUACUGUUCACACCGGCAGUGAAUAAAACCCCCGUUGUGCUUUCUCUGACAAAUGACAGACCUGUAUGCAGAAUUUUUGGACCUGUUUUGAGCUUUGAAAUAUAUAUUGAGUGAAUUCAGACAUACUUCUUUUGUCACAUACCAGGGAAGUAUGUGAUUUUGGAUGCAGCCAUUCACUUGUUAUUUAUACCAGUAAAAAGUCUUCUCUUGUAGCCUAAUCUUAAUGUACUACUGUGUCUUGUUUAUCAAAAUAAAACCUAUUAUAGACCCA